AUGGGAGAGUUGGGAAAUCUGAUCAGCAGAAUCAAACUACCUUCCAUUAAUGAGUUGACUUCAAAUACACUGCCAAUGUCACCAAUAGUGAAGGACGAGAAGGUCUCGGUGAAGAGCGCUGGCUCAGAUAAGGCCAAAUACUUAGAACCGUCACCAGGUCUCAAUUCAAACUAUGUUUUGAGUAAUUCAGCAUCUAUCCUGGGCCAGAAUUUGUCUCCAAAUAUAGGAUAUUACGACUAUGUUUCACCCAGCAAUUCGAUGCUGCAAUCAAAACCAAAACCAAACCUUCGCCCACUUCCAUUUCAAUCUCAACAUUAUCAGCAACAGCUACAGCACCCUCAUCAUCAGCAACAUCCUCAUAAUCAACAUCAACAUCAACAUCAUUCUAGCCCAGUCAAUUCGCAUUACGAAUACUACACUUACAGACAGUCUCCUCAGUUGUCACCUCCAGUACAACCUUUGGUUUAUACCUCUCAAAAUGCAGGCUUUCAUCCAACAUAUUACAAGGUUGGUCAACCGAUGAUGACCAUACCUGGUGGCUUCUCAGGUAGUGAGUAUGCUGCGCCAGAGAUAAUCAACAAUAGAGUAAAUAAAUGUCAUAGAUGUGGAACAACAGAAACACCAGAGUGGCGACGGGGACCCAAUGGUGUCAGGACUUUAUGCAACGCUUGUGGUCUAUUUCAUGCUAAACUAGUCAAGAAAAAGGGCGCAACUGUGGCUGCUCGUGAAGUAUUGAAUAGCAGAGUGUGUAAAGGAAAGAACGGACGAAGAAUAUCUGUUAAAAAGAACAUUACGGAGGAAAUUAAAAUGCCAAACAAUAAAGCAUCACCUAUACAUGCUAUCGUCUCUCGACUGCCUCCAGAAGUUCCAAUACUGGGAGGACUUCAUUUACCUCCUCCAAUCAUGAGCGUAAAGUAUCAGCAACAUGCAUCAACCCCUUAG